UCCGGUGUCUUUAAAUGUCCUGCCAUUAUUCUUCGACAAGCAGCAGCUAUGUUCGAUGUUAUUUGACGCAAAGAAACACUCAAACAUGGGAUACGUUUAACCAUUGGGAUGCUUGAAUAUUUAAGUAUUUGUUUUAUACCGGUAAGGUCUUUAGAGAUUUGAGUUUUUUGUUGUUGUAAGAUUAACGGUAGAGAUAUCGCGGGUUGUCUUUUCUGUGUUCCCACAGUUCCUAUUUUCUGCCGCAGUCAGAUAUUUUCACCUUAGUUAGCCAGAUAGUUACAUUUUAGCCAGGUAGCUACAUAAGUUACCUUCCUUGUAAAUUACCACAACACCCGAAGUAACGUUAGCUAGUUAUCUCCUUGCUGGCUAACCAUGCUACUAGUUACAAGCUAGCGUUAGUUAUAUUGUCAGGCAGUACGGAUUUGAGUUGAUCUGUCGUUGAGGUUAAAGCAACGAGUUUAUAGCCAUCUGUUGUGUUUGUGUAGUUGUUGAUAGCUAAGUAACGUUAUUAGUGUUGGCAAGCUACUGAAGCUAGCUAGCUAACUAGCUAAUGUGUAGCCAAAUGCUAUCUAGCUAAAUAGCUUCCGACUGUCUGACAGUGUAUGAUUGCUAGGCAGUGGUUGAUUGGUCAAAUAAGCUUGACACCUUGCUACCUAGCCACCGUCGUUCGCAGAUAUCACAUCAACAGGCGAAUCUUGUAACCAAUUUAUGUUUCACGUUGGUCAGAGCGCUUGAGUUGGUGCCAGGCUGUGGAAAUCAGAGAAGGGAGGGGGUGGGUGAGAGAGUAGUGAAACGCACACAGUGUUCUUUGUGCCAGGGGUUUGGCCCAGUCUCCUCCAGCAAAGCGCAACACUAACUGCCCAGUCGGCUCUGUUCAGAGCUGCUUCAGAGCCAUGACAACUCAAAGGGAUGUCGAUAUGGUGAACCUGCGUCUUAUCCUGGUCAGUGGGAAGACACAAGACUUCAUCUUCUCCCCCAACGACUCGGCCAUGGACAUCGCCAAGCACGUCUUUGAUAACUGGCCCUUGGGAUGGGAGGAGGAGCAGGUGAGCAGCGCCAGCAUCCUACGCCUCAUCUUCCAGGGACGGUUCCUGCAUGGCAACGUCACCCUGGGAGCUUUAAAGCUGCCCCCUGGCCGAACAACUGUCAUGCACUUGGUUGCCAGAGAGACCCUGCCAGAGCCUAACUCCCAUGGUCAGCGUAACAGGGAGAAGACCACGGAGAGCAACUGCUGUCUGCUCUUGUAAAGACAACAACAAUCAUCCCCUUCCUUAACCCCCCCACACACACACUCACCCCUGCUCGGCUUCUGUCUGCCCGUCAACCAUGGAUUUGGGGAUAUCACAGGAGGAUGGGUCAGAGCUGUCAGCGGGCUAUCUGUCACACGUGUUUGUGGCACUCUGGCCCAAUCGGUGGCUUUGGAAUUUUUCUUUUUCUUAUGUUUCGUGCCAAUUUAUUCAAAUCACAUUUUUCACCCUUUUGCCAGAUUCUGCCUUUUUCUUCUGUGUUGUAAAACCAUGUUAAGAAUUUGUACAUAUAAUCUCCGUGGUUACCCAGGAUGAGCUAGCUGGGUGACCAUACAGGUUUUGAAGACCUCACACAGAAACACUGGCAAACUAUGACUUCGGAACAUUGACCCAUACUGUGGCAUUGGUUGCUUGCAUUGACUCGGCAGACAGUUUCCUCCAAGUAUCUUUCUGCUAAUGAAAUGGAGGUUCCCACGGGUCUUGUAGAAUGGUGUUAAAACCUCUCAUUGCACUUAACUGGGUUGUUUAUUUGAAAGUGUCUUGGAGGUUUUUUUGUAUGGUCUUAAUCUUCCCAUCUAACAGAGGAAGACAGAAUAGUAUCCUACUGUUAGACAAAGUGCCAUCCUCCUCACCCGAUGUAGACUGUGUACAGUAGUUGCCUCCCACUAGCAGGGAGUGUGUAGUCUGCCAUAGGACCAGUGGAGUGGUGUGUAUCUCUGUGACAUGGGCCACACUUGUGUUUGUUCCUGGACUUGGACCAACACAUAGGAAGAGUUUAAGUUGUAAAGGCUCAGCUGUGUCAACACCUAAGUGUGUGUGUGUGGCAUUGUCAUGUGUUUGAUCACCUCGACGAUGAAGGAUGAACUGGUCUAGCUAGAAGAUGAAUCUAAGCUAACUCCCACAUGUCCUCCCCUUGGUUGUGAAGCCUUGCUUUUUACAUUUUUCUUUUUAAAACUGAGUUAAAAGUAUUGAAGGAUUGCUUCUGAGUGACCAUUGUCAUUCUGUAUGGCUUACACCUCUGAUCAACAUGACCUUUUAGACUACACCCCGUCCCAUGGGGAAGCCCCCUCGCCACUCCCCGUCCGACCUGAGUGAGGAAUAAGGGAAUCAACACCAGGAGUCAGUCAACAGAGCAGUGUCUGUAGUCGGAGGGCUUCAUGGCCACCUACAGGACAUUAGGGCUAGAGGCGUGGGAGGGAGCAAGUCCUUGGAGAGGGUUCCCCUCUGGAAAAUAUGAGGAAAUUAUGACUGUGGUAUUUUACCUCCUUUUUUUGGAUGCUGUCUGUUUUUGUUUGCCUUUUGAUUGUGGAAUUAUUCAGUAAUAUCAUUAAUAUUGCAAUUGGAAAAUGUAAAUUUUUAUCUUAUCUUGUAUUGGUAUUGUUUGUCCAGUUUCUAUUGUCUGACUCCUGUUAAUUGAAUACUUUUUGUCCCAGGGGUUAGUAUAUGUGUGUGUCUGGGAAUGCGUAUUAAUUUUACAUGACUGUUGAAUGUGUGAGUGGAUGGGUUGGGGAAAUGGCUGAGUGUAUUGAGACAGUAUGUGUAUUUGAGUAAUGGGGGUGUGUUUGUGAAUACCUAAGUACUGUGUGAGAGAGAACUGGAGGUUAGUGAUGCAGGUGGUGGAGUAGGAGGACAGAUUGGUCUUGGGUGGCUGUGGUUUCCAUGGAAACAGUGGAUCCUUCCUUUGAGUGAGUGUCCUUUGGUUAGUGUUUUGUCAACAAAUGUCACUGCUAUGAAAUGUAGCUCAAUAUGAAUAAAUGUAAAAAAAAAAAAAAAAAUUACUAAUGAAAUGUGGUCUGCUUAAAGCUUGUAUUAUACAUUAAUAAAACAUCUUUAAAUAAGAAA